AUGAAUCUGGCCACCGCCCUGGACUCUGUCAUCGUUGUUGGCGAUUACAAUCUCCCACAACUGCAAUGGAUCUUUGAUCAUGACUUAAAUAGCUACCUGCCGACAAACGCCUCAACUGAAGCCGAAAUUUCUCUAACUGAAAUGCUUUUUUCCGCUGGCUUGCAUCAAAUAUGCUCCAUACCAAACAACAAUAUGCGCCUGUUGGACCUUGCUUUCUGCAAUGAUCCUGGUAAUGUGAUCAUGUUCGAAUCUCCGGUCUCGAUUAUUCCUACCGACCGUCAUCACAAGCUGUACGUAUUAUGUGUGGAAGUUCACUCCAAUUCUUCGCCGACCGAUUGCACAGGAAGAUUUGACUUCGUCUUAGACUACAGUAAAUGUAACUUCGACCUGAUUGCUGCUGCGUUUGACUCCACAAACUGGGAAUUCAUUGGUGCUAACGACAACGUUAAUGUUGCAGUCGAUGCAUUCUACAGUAAACUUCACUCCGUUUUGAAACAAUACGUUCCUUUGAAGAGCUCUCCGAGACCCCAGUCAUUUAAACACGCAUGGUGGAACUCUGAUCUCAGACGAUUACGGAACCAUCUUCGUAAGGCCCGCAAGUGUUAUACUAAGAAUCGUACCGAAGAUCAAAGACGCCGUUUGAGGUCUUUGGAACGAGAUUUUAAAGAACUGAACGACAAUCUUUAUCGUCAACACAUCAGCCGCCUUCAACAGAACCUGAAACGCGAUCCUUCGUCGUUUUGGAAACACUUUAAAAGCAAGAGAAGACAUGCAACUAUUCCUGUGGACAUCAGUUUUAAUGGCGUAGCUGCAAGUAACUUGACGGAAUCCACGAAUAUGUUUGCUGACUUUUUUCAAAGCGUUUUUAGUUCCGCCGACUAUGAAACAGAUAGCAACUAUCUAGCCUCUAUACAAUCUCACGACGUCAACUUACCUAUGCCAUCCCUCACUGAACAGGAAGUUUUCGAAAGAUUAUCGACCCAUCUAAAGGUACUGGACCAGACGAUAUACCUCCAUCAGUACUAA